CACAUGCGCAUAUAACCGGUCCCAUAUCGCAACACUGUGUUAUUCAGUAGCCGCAGCUACAGUUAGAUGGUGUUCACUGUCCGUCAAUCGUGCUUUCGACGAUUCAAUUCACGUCGCGCGUCGCUAGAUGAUGUACGCUGUUUGCCAGUUGCACUGAGCUGCACUUAUGGACGACUUGAAUAAAAUCUCUCGCCGCUGCAUACAUUAUCAAAUGUCAAUUCGCCGAGAAAGCGAAGGAUUGUCACCAAAAUAGAAUUCACUAGGAGAAAUACAAAAUGCGGACGCAGUUGCUGCCAAUCUGUCGCAAUGAAGAAUCGCGUGCUUCAUAUCCGUCUCAACCAAAUACAGAUUCGUGUAAAAGAUUCAUGAGGGUAUCAAUCCCCUGAUAGCAUCUACAAAAACAUCCGUCGACUCGGCCGACCUGUAACUCGUGUAAACCCAUUCGAUAUCUCAUAAAAGAGGAAUGAAAAGAGGGAGAGAGGGAAAGAAGAACGGGGAUCGUCGGAGCGGCCGGCAUCGCAUCGGGCGCGAAAAUCUGCGAGGUAUACCAGCAACUAGUGGCGUCGGUCGAAACUCGGAACCCCCGAGAGAGCCCUACAACCUCGUAUAACCCACCCCCGGCACCCCACCUUCGCCGAAUAGAGAGAGAGAGAGAGCGCCUUGUUCCCCCAUUUUCCGCGAGAGAAUUCUCCCUCUCCCGCCUCACUUCCGUCACCCUCUCUCCAUCGCUACCUCUUUCUCUCCCCUCUCCCGCUCGCCCAUCUCUCUAUCUCGCACGCCGCGUUCCUCUCGCGCGCUCGCGCGUUCUUCGGCCUCCGGAGCGAGUCGCAGCAUCCGUUGGACCGUUCCGGACUUCAGUCCACGUCGAGAACGCGCCACUGUCGGGACUUCCAGAAGUGACAACCACCCCGCAGCUCGCACGUCCGACGUUGCGUGCACGGCGUCAUCAUCCAUCGUCGAAAUUAACCAAUAAACGUCAAUCGAAAUUAUGGUACCGCGACCUUCCUGCGCGUGACGGGAGAUACGAAUAAAAGAAUAUUUAAAAAAAUUUAUUACGAGAUAAAAUCUCCGAUACAAUCGCAUUCGUAGCGUAUUGACACAAAUCUUUCGGAUAAGAGCUGUCCGAGCGGCGCGACACGAUUCCUUACCAGUCGACCGGUGCGUCGAAUGAUCUACCGUUAGUAUCGACCGGUACAAUAUCAAAUCGUUACGUCGAUUGACACUCGGUACCAUCCCCGCCGCGUUUGGUACCGCGCGAGUCACGCAGCUCGCAGGACAAUCGAAAAAAAGUUUUCGCACCGUCGACAGACAUUCUCGGAAGCCUCGUUAGCCGAGUCCGCACCGUCGGUUCUUCACCUCGAGGGCCGACCGACGACGAGAAGGACCAACGCGCGAAACGCGCUCGAUGCCCUAAGGGCUCGAAUGCCGCCGGUUCUGAUGCCGACACGUGCUGAGCGCAAUUGUUGAGGGUGCGGCGGAGCACAAGGGAGAAACAGUGCCACGAGGACCCGCGGGGAGAGCUGAAGAAGAGGGAUCUCAGGCCGGGAGACUGCCGGGAGUUGUUGCCCAGUCCCGGCGAGGAGGCGGACAUCGGGCCCGGAUGCUCGCGAGGACGAGACGCCGGAAGCGCUGCCACGUUGGAAGGGAAAAUAUUGACGGCCGUCAACAAGUUCCUUACAACGUCCCCUUUGGUUAACAAGGUCAAGUUGCUGAUGACGAGACAGAGCAGCGGCGCGGUGGGAAACGACGCGGACGAGAAAGAAGGCAGCAGCCUGGAUUGUUCUCCGCGGAGGCCGACGCCGAUGACGAUGGCCACGGCGACGUCGAUGACGCCGACGGCGCUGCCAGGAUCGCCGGGUUCGUCGAUAGUGUGCCCCGCCACCGACAUCGCGAUAAAUUUGCAACACCGGCGACGAUUGCAGCUGCAACAACCACAGGAAUUGUCCUUGACGCAGACGAUGAGAGCAGCGACGGACGCCGCGUCCUCUUCGUCCACCUACGAGGAACCCAGCAGAACACCCCUCUCCGGGAACGUCCUCCUGUCCCUGCCGGCUUCGCCCAAGCGGUCAUCAGCGAGCCACUUUUCGUCCAGCAAGACGCCCGCCAUAUCGAAGUCGCAGAUGAAAGAAUUCAGGGAGGCCUUCAGGCUAUUUGAUAAGGACGGCGACGGAACUAUUACGAAAGAAGAACUCGGCAGGGUUAUGCGUUCCUUGGGACAAUUUGCGAGAGCGGAGGAGUUAAGAACGAUGCUGCAGGAGAUCGACAUUGACGGUGAGCGGCAGUUCUAUUAUCAAUCUUAAAUUGUAGC